AUGGAGAUCAUGUUGAUUUGUGUUUCCACAGGUUUGAACAGUAUUCAUCUCAUCCAGCCAGACUCAAUGGUUGUGCAGCCUGGACAGUCUUUGAGCAUCAGCUGUCAGGUCUCUGGUUAUUCUCUGACUGAUAGUAGCUAUGCAACAUGUUGGAUCAGACAUUGCAGCAGAAGAAGAGAAGCUCCCAUCAGAUCACCUUCAAUACCAACCAUGUUCUCUGUAGCUGUGCUGCUGCUGCUGGCUGCUGGCUCCUGUGUAAAGUGUGAAACGCUGACUCAGCCAGCCUCUGUGACUGUGCAGCCAGGUCAACGUCUGACCAUCACCUGUCAGGUCUCUUUUUCUCUUAGCAGCUACUACACAGCCUGGAUCAGACAGCCUGCAGGGAAAGGACUGGAGUGGAUUGGAAUGAAAUAUACUAGUGAUUCAUACUACAAAGAUUCACUAAAGAACAAGUUCAGUAUCGACUUAGACUCUUCCAGCAAAACAGUGACUCUAAACGGACAGAAUGUGCAGCCUGAAGACACUGCUGUGUAUUACUGUGCCAGGAGAGACACAGUGACACAAAGCAUCAGUGUUGAUGGUCAGACUCUGACAGAAUCUGAACCAGCAGUUAAAAGUCCUGGAGGAUCUCACAGAUUGACCUGUACAGCCUCUGGACUUGAUGUUAGUGGCUACUAUAUGAACUGGAUCAGACAGGCUCCUGGUAAAGGACUGGAGUGGAUCGCUGCUAUUACCAAUGGUGGUGGCAGCCAGUACUACUCUCAGUCAGUCAGAGGGCUGGGAUCUCCAGGCCCUCUCAAGAUGUUGGGUAUGGGCACCAGUUUGGGAAUCUACAUACCACCUGCUGUGGUUGACAGUGUGAUGGUUGUACCCUAG